CAAUUUCAUAAACAGAACCACAUUUGGGUACAAAGCUCUGUUAACGCUUGUAUUUGACAUUCGUUUCCAAAAUACUUAUUUAUUUAUAGAUGACAUAUAUUAUAUUUGAUUAAAGCUACGCUAGAAGAUUAAGCGUAGAAGUACGAAAGACGCGUCCAGGUGGGAAAAAGUGAUUGCAUUGGACUCCAUGGAAUUUGUGGUUUCAAAUAUAAACUUAAGGGAUCUUUCGAGAAUAUUUUUAAACCUUUCUAGGAUUGAUGAUGCGGUAAACUGGGAAAUAAAUAAGGAUCAACUUAUUUUAACAUCUCUAAACUCCUCAAGGUCUGGGUUUGGGAUGGUGACUCUCACAAAAAAGUUCUUCGAUAAAUUCACUUUUCAUCCGGAUACUCUAUUUCUUACCGGAUUUGUCUCUCCAACGGUACGAUUAAGUACACAGAUCAAGCCGAUCCUUUCUAUUUUCCGAAAUAAAAUAUUUGAAUCUAGUCUCCUGGUUACCAAUAAUCCCAACGCGAAUACAGGUGCAACAGACUCUACUAGUAAAAAGAAUGUUGUCGUUGAGAAUGUACAAAUACAAAUUACGUCUGGAAAAGAAUGCCGAGUAAUAUUUAAGUUUUAUUGCAAACAUGGAGUCAUAAAAACUUACAAAAUUGCAUAUGAACAAACGCAAAUGCUACAUGCUGUCUUUGAUAAGGCCUCCUGUCAUAAUAACUGGCAAAUAAAUUCAAAAAUUUUGAAAGACUUGGUUGAGCAUUUUGGACAGAAAACAGAAGAAUUGACGAUUCAGCCAGUUCAUGGACGAGUCCUUUUAACCAGUUUUACUGAAGAGGUCAUUCAUAAUAAAGAUGUUUUAAAGCAGCCCACGCAAACAACAGUGUCAAUUGACGGAAAAGAAUUCGAGCAAGUUUCCCUUAAUGAGGGUAUAGUCAUCACGCUAUCUUUAAAAGAAUUUCGGGCGGCCGUUCUGCUCGCUGAAUCUUUAGGAACUUCUAUCGCAUCUUACUAUAGUGUACCAGGAAAACCAGCUUUGUUCACUUUCAACAAGGGAAAAUUUAUGGAAGUUGAAGCUCAAUUUAUACUUGCUACUGUUAUGGGACUAGACGAUCAGGACGAAAGUUCUGCUAUUGGAGCACGGUGGCAGCAAAGUGCUAAUGCAAACAGUAGCUUAUUUGCUCAGGAAAAUACAAGUGCUCCAGUAUUGAACGAGCACGAAGCACCGUCUGCUUCUAUAGGAUGGCAAACUAAUGAAGAAGCAGAGACGUCCAGGAUGUUUCAUUCCACAUUGGAUAUACCUACAAAUGGAAAUUCAACGAAAAAGCAACGUAAGCAGACAACAGCUGAAGAAAAUCAGCCAUUAUUUUUGGAGGGCAUGCCGGACGAAUCCGAGCUAAUGGCAUUCGAUAACGAUGUAGCUGACGAUGCCGAAUUUGGACCUACACAACACGAGCAAACCUUCCACGGUAUCUUUUCCCAAGAAAAUACUCAAAAUUGAAGUCUUACACGGUUACUCUAUCAAGUUACAUUUCACUAGCGGUGCUUAUUGAAAAUAUAUGAUUCAAAAAUGCAUAUUUAGUUUCAGAUCCCUUGAUAAAAUUCCAAUUAAUUAAUUCCGAUCCGUAAAAAACUAGUUCUAAUAUACAUAGCACGUCUCUCGACGACAUUUAAAGGCAUUACAAGACAGCUAAAAGAAAGU